AUGUCUCUGCAAACUAUCACUCCUACUUCUCACGAGGACGACGGAAUUUUGUCAGAUGAACAGAUUCAGUCUCUGCUCCUGGCGGCAGAGGCGCGGCUUCGUUUUCCUUCCCAAGGGAAUUGCAUUCAACCUGCUUCAACUGAGCCCGCAACUUCAUCAUCUCUCUUGCGGCUUCCCACCCUUGAUUCUACUCAACCCGUUCGGUCUUACAUUCGUGAACAAGACAAAAUUGCUACCUUUGACCAGACUCGGACUGUGACUGCGGAACAGAAAAAGUUCUCAGAAACCAUACGUUCAAUUCCCCAGGUCUCCAAUUCUAAAAUUAAAAUGCCAAAGGAAAAGCCAACCGCCGGUUCCGACUGGUUCGAUUUACCCAAGACUAAUCUCACCCCAGAAAUGAAAAGGGAUCUCCAGCUACUCCGAAUGAGACCGGUACUCGACCCUCAUCGGCAUUACAAAAAAGAUAACAGCAAAGCGAAGGCGCCCGAGUACUCUCAGGUGGGCACCAUCAUAGAAGGACCCACCGAGUUCUUCAGCGCUCGGAUUCCCAAGAAACUACGGAAACGUACAUUCGUGGAAGAAGCUUUGGCGAUCGAACAUGAGAGCGGCCGCUUCCGGCGAAAAUAUGAAGAAAUCCAGGCCGCCAAAACGAGCGGAAAGACAGCCCACUACAAAUCCAUUAAAGCAAAACGUUCCAGAGGGAGCAAGUUUGGUUGA